AGUGAUAUGUUACGCGGGAAGGAAACCCGUUUAGUCAGUAGAGAUCGAUUGUUUUGAAGUCAUUGGUCAAGCUACUCAGUGAGGAGAGCGAUCAUUCAGAGAGUUCUGUAGGAUCCAGAUAAUUUUUGUCACAAUCCUGUGGAGGAGUUCGAAUGGAACUAUGUUCAUUUGUUGGUGGAACUAGCUGGAUUGUGAGGAAAGAUUUCUGGGUAUUGUACGAAGAAUUUGUGUUGGUAGACCUAUUGAAUGAGAAUGGAAAUGGAAAAGAAAGAUAGAAGUUCCGUCACCGAAGAAGAAUUUUUGAGAUUGGCCCAGCUCAUCCCACCGAGGUACUAUUCAGAUUUAGGGAUACAUUUGGGAAUCUCAUCUGCUGAACUUGAUCAUAUCAUUGUCCAACAUUCAUCGGAUUACAAGGAUGCAUUGAUGACAAUGUUCACACGGUGGAGAGAUGAACAACAUCCAGAUGAAGAUAUCAGAGCUCUUCUUGCAGAAGGAUUAGAAAAGAGUGACUUAGGGGGAUUGUCCAAAGAACUUCUAGCUGGGAAUCUAAUCCAGAAAACAACAGAUGUCUCACAAGAAACUGUAUCCUCAAGAGCAUCAACUUCAACAGGAGCAGCAGACGUAUCGGCAUUAUCACAUACCAUCAGUGAGAGAGAACUUUUGAUGUUGUCAACAGAGAUCGGACCAAAUUACUACAAGAAAGUUGGCAUUAACCUGAAUAUCUCGUUUGUGACUCUUGAUAAAAUAAAGAAAGACACACAAGAUACUACUGAUGCAUUGAUGACAGUAUUCACAAGAUGGAGGGAUAAACAGCUUCCAGACACAAACAUCAGGGCUCAUCUUGCAGAGGCUUUAUAUCAUAGUGACUUAGGUUUCCUCUCUCACAAGUUGAUUACUGGAAAUCUAUUAACAAAGUCAAAAGGUACACCUGUGACAAUUCCAGUAUCAGAGACCAAACCACUUACCCCUGACCUGAUUAAGAGAUGUACAGAUGAGCUCCAAGACAAGUACAGGACUGAUUUCUGUAUGAUAAGAGCUGAUCCACUAGAUCCUGAUUCUAUUGUGCCAUUCGAAGAUAUGUACACAAGCCUUUUCUUGGAAAAAGAAAAACGAAGUAAAAGGAGUCAACUUGAGUACAAGGAUCUCUUUAAUCUCAGAGUCAAUGGAGUGUUCCCCAAACGGAUUAUGAUCCAAGGAGAGGCAGGGGCCGGAAAGACCACAUUCUUGGCUAAGAUUGCAUGGGACUGGAUAAACGAUAGUCCAGAUCUCUCAAACUUUGUGUGGGUACUCAUUAUCCCUCUGCGUGAAGCGAAGCGAUACAAGAUUGGUCAGAUUGUUAAGUCAUAUCUCUCAAAGGACAACCCAGUAACAGCCUGUCAGAUCACAGAGUACAUCCGUUCAAAUCCAGAAAAGGUAUUCAUUGCCUGUGAUGGAUUAGAUGAGUUUAGUGGCAAGGUUGUACAGCACUCUGAAACCAAGCAAGGUUCAGAAGGUGCUCAGUCAGAGUCAAAUGAUCAAACUGACAGGAAAUCAGAAUCCCAAAUGAGCAAUAAGAGAGAGCAAAGUUUUGAUCAAGGCACAAACAGAAAAAAAUCAAGAUUAGAGGAGAGCAAACAACCACGGGUAAUGCAGCAUUUUCCUUCAGGUACAUCAAGAUCUGCUGAUCAAACCACAGUAGGAUCAGAUACAAGUCCAUCAAGUAUAUCUAUACACCAAAGAACUAAUCCCAAAUCCAGUGUAAAUUCUAUGGAGAGAGGUGAUAUCACUGUUGAAGAUAUUCUUUGCUCAGAUGAACUUCAUACUUGCUCAGUAAUGGUGACAAGCCGUCCAUGGAAGGCCAAUGAAAUAAGAUGGAAUGAUAGUUUAAGAAGACUAUACACAUUCAUCCACGUGGAAGGCUUUAGCAGGGAGAAUGCUAAGGUUUACAUUCGCAAUUACUUCAAAGACACUGAGGCUACAGCAGAUGAAUUCAUCCAAUUGUUUGAAAACAAUGAUAUCAUAUCAGAGAAUAUGGCGCCAUAUCCUAUCUACAUAUCUAUGCUCUGUCACAUGUGGAGAGAACUUGAUGACAACAAGAAAGAAGAGUUGAAGUCUUUUCAAACAUUCUCUGAAAUAUUCCGUGAAGUGUUUGAAUUCCUAAAGGUGCGUUAUGUCCAGAAAGAGAUCCCAGAUUUAAGUAGCCCAUUAUUUAAUACAUAUCGCUCUGAAAUUGAGAAACCCCUGCAACCAAUUGCCAAGGUUGCUUUUACAGGACUACAAUCAAAUAACCUUAUUUUCAAUGAAGAAGAUCUUGAACAGUACUCAGACUCUGUGGAAACAGCAUGCAAAGUAGGGGUGUUGUCACAGGAGAAUAAGCUCUCAUCCAUUCAUGAUAAGAGCAGUCGCUACCUUCAGUCAACAUUCUUCUUUCCUCAUAAACUAUUCCAGGAGUACAUGGCUGCAGUCUAUCUUGCUUCUCUCUAUGAUUCAGAUCGCAAUGAAUUUAAGAGGCUGAUUGAGGAAGUAGUGAUCCCUAGGAAGGAAGAGUUUAGGUAUCUCCUGUACUUCACUGGUUCUCAGAACAAAAACAUUGCCAAGUAUACCACAAAAUGUCUGUUACAAGAGUACACCCAAAGCCAAGAAGAUGAGGAGGAGAUGAAUUUCUUGGUUGAUGUAGCUUUUGAGAGUCAGGAUGAAGAUACCAAUGCCAUGUUUCGGAAUUCAGUAUCAUCUCUGUCCAUCCAUGUUGAAAACACACACACUAUAGCUGGUUAUGCAUCCACUGGGAUAUAUUCAAAGGCGAUCAUUAUGAGUGUUGGUGAUUUUGGAUCUCCUUGCUGCGGACCAGGUAUAUCAAAAGAGGUUGCAGUGAUGAUAUGCUCAGCACCGUCACUAAGCGAUGUUAGACUGGAUGCAAGCUUUCACCCUACCUUCUAUGAAACUCUUGCCAGAGAAGGAAGGAAAGCCGCAAGAGCGGGAUUCCAAGGACAACUAAAUGGAGGCAAGGCAAAGAUGCAGAGUCGGAGGCCGAACCAGCAGCAGAGCCAGCGCCAGAGAAUGAGGGAGAGGUUGAUGAUGAUCCGGUACUAGUGCCGGCGGUACUGGCAGCAGCAGCAGUUGGCCGGAGGACGUCAACAGAAGAUGAGGCGGACGAGAAAACCGGUACCACGAGUUCUGAACUGGAAUUCGAUGAUGAUAAAUCAUCAUCACUGAUUACAUCAGCUGUAUCGGAUACAGAAUCUGUUCAUCACCAGUCCCGUGAACUUCGUCCUGGACCUGACAUGCCUGAUCCAGAAUCUGAUGUUGAUCAAAGUUCAGAGUCCUCAGAGAGUCGG